AUGGGUUUCAUUUUCAGGGUUCAUUCUCUGUUUCUGCUCUCUCUCUCUUUUCUUACAACAGCAAAGUUUUUCAAUGCGAGUAGCUCAUUGAGGGGGAGAAAGCAAGCAAGUGGGUGUAACUUGUUCAUAGGAAGCUGGGUGACUGACCCUUCAUAUCCGUUCUAUGACUCUUCAAGCUGUCCCUUCAUAGAUGCUGAGUUUGAUUGCCAAAAGUACGGGAGACCUGACAAUCAGUAUCUCAAAUAUUCCUGGAAGCCUGAUUCGUGUGCCAUGCCCAGGUUCGACGGGAAGGAUCUCCUGAACAGGUGGAGCGGGAAGAAGAUAAUGUUUAUUGGUGACUCCCUCAGUCUGAACAUGUGGGAAUCAAUGGCCUGUAUGAUUCACGCGUCGGUGCCCAAUACCAAGACCACCUUUUUGAGGAAAGAAUCACUAUCUACUGUGAUCUUCCAGGACUAUGGAGUAACUUUACACCUAUACCGCACACCAUAUUUGGUGGACAUAGUUCGAGAAAACGUGGGCCGAGUGCUUGACUUGAACUCCAUAGAAGCUGGAAACGCAUGGAAAGACAUGGACAUGUUGAUCUUCAACUCCUGGCAUUGGUGGACCCACAAAGGACAAUCUCAAGGAUGGGAUUACAUAAGAGACGGUCCCAGACUGGUACAGGAUAUGAAUCGUUUAGAAGCAUUUAAUAGGGGACUAACUACUUGGGCUAAUUGGGUUGAUCGUAAUGUUGAUCCCACCAAGACCAAAGUCUUCUUUCAGGGCAUUUCUCCUACGCAUUAUCAAGGCAAAGAGUGGAAUCAACCAGCAAGGAGCUGUAGUGGAGAACUAGAACCAUUAUCUGGUUCAUCCUACCCUGCAGGUCUGCCUCCUUCAGCUUCUGUAGUGAACAAUGUGUUGAAGAAGAUGAAAUAUCCUGUUUAUCUACUUGACAUAACACUCCUCUCACAACUUAGAAAAGAUGCCCACCCUUCUCUCUAUAGUGGGGACCACGCAGGCAAUGACUGUAGCCAUUGGUGUCUACUACCUGGUCUACCUGAUACCUGGAAUCAGCUCCUCUACGCAGCUCUCAGUAUGUGAGAUCCAUCACCAAUUUGAUUCUUCCUUCAUAAUCUCUAGGUUUCUAUGUGUGUUCACU